AUGAAGUUUCGUGGGAAAAUCAUCGAUAUCGCAUGUCUCAACCACUUCACCCGUAAGUCUUUUUAACAUCUUUAACUGCUAGCUGACCGGUUAACCGUGUGAAACUGUUAGCCUGAGCUGUUAGCUCAUAUCCCACCAAACCCCAUAUAAAAUAUAACCGUUUUUGAACUAUUUUACAUUUAAAGAACUAAAAUCAGCUUUAGGAAACUGUACAUCAUGUUACUGUGUUUAUUUAUGAGUUCAGGUCUCUUCGGCUGAAUAAAAUUAACAGUUUUAAUAAUUAAAACAGAUUUUAAAUGAGAGAAACACUCAUUUUCUGAUCUUACUGCAGCUUUACGCUUCUUGGUCCCAAAACCACAAAUCUAGACUAGAUUAUUCCACAGAGUCCAAAGACUAUCAGUCCUGAAUUAUUGAUCCUUUUACAACUCAGAUAUAUGGUAAACCUGUAAUCUGUGUGUCAAACAGCUAAAAUGAUUUUUUUUUUUUAUGUAUAUAGAUAUAUUUUAAACCAGACGCCAGUGGACCAGGUCCUGACCCAAAACCACAAUAUCUAACUAGACUGUGGCUUAAAGAAGCGUCUGUCUCUACAGUCUGACUGAGUCUUUUACUGUCAGAGCGAACUGUGUCUUCAUUCACGCUGAUGUUCCUCGUCUUCAUCAGGAGUCAUCACCACCAUCUCCAAACUGACCAAGACGUGCGUCCUGCGGCUGACUCCAGACAACCUGUUCUUCGUCCUGUCCGAGAAAGUGGCCAAUGGAGGAGUGAGCAUGUGGUGUGAGCUGUCUGAGGUGAGAGGAAGGAGGAAACAACCUGCUACCUGUUCAUGUGUGUUUAAGGAGACGUGUGAAGCAGGUUCAAUCACUUUUGUAAAGUUUUUAGUUUCGUUCAGAUGUUUAUUGACAUCCUCACAGAGUCUGUCCCUGUAGAGACAGACCUCUUUAUGAAGGAGGAGGAGGAUUUUUGACCUGUGAUGUUAGACUCUCCGGUCUGCAGAAGGUCAUGUCGGUGUGUCCUGUGUCCUGCAGGCUAACUUCUUUGAUGAGUACCAGAUGGAGGGCGUGUCCUCUGAGGACAAUGAGAUCUGUCUGGAGGUGACUCCAGAGAAUCUGUCCAGGGCCCUGAAGACGGUCCAGAACGCCAAAUCUGUCAAAGUCAAACUGACCAAGAAACACUGCCCCUGCCUCACCGUGGCUGCCGAGCUGGUAAGACUGUAAACAGGACUCGGAGAACUCAUGAGCAACAUGAUGUGAAGGUUCUGAAGAACAACCUGAACCUGAUGGUUUACAAACUAUUACAAGUGAUUAUUUGAUCCGAAACAGUGAAAAAUCAACAUGUUGAAUGUUCAAAAGCUUUUUCUCUUUUUAAAUUUGAUUCCAGCUGAUAUAUCUAUAAAUAUUUGUUUAGCACACUUAAGAUCCUCGUACCUUUGAACUGUGAGCUGGUAACAGGUCCAGACUCGGUCCCCCUCCCUAACAGAAUAGAGGAUCCAGUUUUUGAUUCAUCAGACCGCAGGACAGUUUUUCCUCCUGACCGGGCUCAGGUCCAGAGAAGUCUCUGCUGUUUCUGGAUCAGGUUUCCUCUCUCCAACUGUGUUCAUGGUUCCAUGUUUUUGAUGCCCUGAAGAUCUUCAGGACCAUCCACAGAGAUUUCUCCAGAUCCUCUGAAUCUCUGAUAUUAUCUUCUGUAGAUCUACGUCAUGUUUGGUCGCUCCUCUAUCAGAACUUCUGACCUGUUUGGUUGUUUUACGAACACGUUGCUAACGUUAUAUUGAAGCUCAGCAGAUUGAUCUCUCUCUCAUGACUGUAAACUGAAAAUUUCCUUUUAUAAUCGACUUAAUGAUCAUUUUUAUACUCUUUACGUCCAUGUUUGUUUUUUUAAACAGAAAGUUCUGCUUUAAUAAAUGAGCAGGUCCGUUUUCACGUGUCUGUCCUCUCUGUCGGGUCAGCCCACCCUGUCCAGCAGCAGUCGAGUGGUCACUCACGACGUCCCGGUCGACGUCAUUCCCAGGAGACUGUGGCACGAGUUCAAAGAGCCCAACAUGCCGGACUUUGAUGUAAGAGCGUUGGUCUGAAGAACUCUGUGAACUUCUAAAGAAGGCUCCUCCACAGGCUCAGUGAAGACACCAGAUGUUGAGUGAACAAAGUUGUUGUUGUGUGUCUGCUCCUCACAGGUCAGUAUCUACCUGCCUCCACUGAAGACCAUAAAGAAUGUCGUGGACAGGAUGAAGAACCUCUCCAACUUCCUGGUAGGAUCCAAACCUCCAAACCUCGCCUGAGUCAGGCCACAGAGGUUUAUAAACCAGGUUUAGAAAUCUUGAGGCGUUAGAAAACACAGAACUGUUGGAUCUCAAACACGAGCUCUGAGUUCACCGCCGUCUCUGCUCCUUCAGGAGGACAAACUGUGUGUGUCUGCACGUGUGUGUUUCAGGUCCUGGAGGCCAACCUUAGUGGAGAGAUGAACCUGAAGAUCGAGACGGACCUGGUUUCUGUCACCACUCAUUUCAAAGAUCUGGGAAAUCCUCCGUGGGGUAAAAAUCUGCUCUGUUGUUGUUUCAGUCAGUCCGUUUUCAGACUCUUCGGGUCCUAACAGGAAAACCUCCUUCAAAGGCGGGCUCUGAAGGUUCCAGUUUUAGUCCAGACUUCUCUAAAACUACUUACCCCCCCAGGUGAGGACGCCUCGCAGGCCCCAUCUCAGAGCAGGGACCCAGAGGCCAUGGUCCAGGCUCGGGUGGACAUCAGGAAGCUGCAGCAGUUCCUCAUGGGUCAGCAGGUCAACCCCAGCAAGGCCAUGUGCAGUAAGUCCAUCUGCAGAGCUGGGACCGGGUCCGAGAUCUCUGCGUGUAAACAGGCCUCGUUUUAGGACAGCCUGAUCAGCUGACUGUAACUAAGAUACCAACCUAACCCGAACCCUAACCCUGAACCCUGAACCGAACCCGACCCAGCCUCCCACUAAAGCUGAAGUGGAGUCAGUGUCAGUGUGCGGCCGAUCUUCUCUUCCUUAGACACACAGGGAUUCUGGUUUUUGAUUUAACCCUGUCCUCUCGUCCCCUCAGAUAUCGUCCAUGAGCGGGUGGUCCACCUGAUUCUGCUGCAUGAAGACGUGUCGCUGCAGUACUUCAUCCCCGCUGUGGCGUAG